UGAGUGGAAAUGAAGUGAACCCAGUUUUUCAACAGGAAUACUGAGAACCAGCAGGUAAAUUCUUUUCUAGUGAAGAUUCCAAGUGAAUUCCUGUGGAUUCAGAUACCUGUUUUGAUCUUGAUGGCUUCCCAGCUUCAUCCUCAGUCCUCCGCUCUUUUAAAGAUUCUCCACAACCAGAAGAUGGGUCGUGGAACUUGUGUUUGUUUUUAUUUGCUGAUUUAAACAGUGCCUUAUGCUCAGCUUCACAGAGUGCCUUUGCCUGGAUGACUGCACCAUGACAUCAGCAAUCCAAAUCUCCUUGGGACUACUCUAAGCUUAGUAGCCAGAAGAGUUGCACAAUGAGAAAAUCUGAGAGAGAAAAACCCAUCCUCAGCGUUUGGCAGGGGAAAGAAGGAGUGGUGCUGAGUGUGAGCAUCCUUUUGAUCAAAAGUAAGAGGAGUGCUCUGUGGCAAGGAAGAAGAAACGCCUGGAAGGAGUUAGAACAGAAGAAAUAAGAGGAGUCUCCAGCUUCAUACCAGAACUGUUACUGGCAUAAUUACAGCUGAAACCAGAAGGAAAUGAGCUGGCUCCGCGCUUGCUACAGAGACAGAGGUCCUCACACAGAAACAGAAGCUAUGAAAAGGCAAAGCUCUGAUGGGGAGCAUGAGGUUAUUGAAUUGCCAGAAAUUAAUAGGGAGGAAAGUACAGCUGAUCAUAAGAAGCCUCUAAAUUCUCCAGCACCUGCAACGAGCAAGGAGAGAGAUCAGUGGAAAUCAUGCAGGAAGAUAAUUUUCUGGAAGUGUAAACUAUGGAUGGUUUUAACUACAAUUUUUGUUGUUUUGUUCCUGGUCAUUCUCAUCAGUCUAGCUCUAUAUUCUAAUGUUUACACAGAUGAAGAUGAUUAUUGGUAUACAGAUGCACUGCUACAGAAUUAUCACAAUUUUUCUGGAAAGUUCAACUUAUUGUGUGGUCUUCCACACCUUUUCUCUGAAGACAUUACUAAGAGGAUAACAGAUGUCUACAGCUCAUCUCCAGCUCUAGGACGCUACUUUAGGUCUGCUAAAGUGGAUUAUGCCAGUAAUGAAAGCUCCACUGUAUUUUACCAACUAGAGUUCUAUGUACCGCCGUCAGCAGAGGGGUUUAGGGAGAAUGUAAUGAACCCAGACUUUAUAAGGAAUGUUCUACUUCAAAAUAUUUAUGAUGAAGAAGAUACUUCUAAUCCCGGGGCACCUGAAUGUACCAGGUUAAAGCUUGACCCAGCUUCUCUCACAUCAACGUGAAAAUAAUGGACAGACUCCUCAUCUUCCUUACCUCCUAGAAGAGGUGGUCUUCUACUGUCUAUUAGUGAUCUCAGGUUAGAGAGUCAUUCAACAGGUGGAGACACUUCUGAAGAUGUUAUUCUUUAAAUGACAAUGUGGUAUUGCUAUGAGAGUGCCUUACUCCGAAAACAUUGCUACCUCCUUUAUUUUUGUGUGGAAUUAUCGGUAAAUCUUCAAUCUUGUGAAACUAACAUAUUUUGCCUGAAUAGGGCUCUGUUGGCUUCCAAACCUCUGAUUUUUCUUUUUUCUUUCUUUUUUUUAUUAUUUCGUUUUUAAUGAAUAUGGAUUACUUGAAUGACCUGUUAAGGCAAAUGACUCAUUUCUUCUGCUCUUGGCUUAUAAAAAAUUACCUGCACAACCUCAUCUUUAAUACUUACAUCCACCUGUGCUCAUGUCUUUUCCUUUUCUUCUCUGCCAGCUUCAUCUGCCAUAUCUCCCCAGUGCUCUUUCCUCUCAAAACAAUCGAAAACUUAAAUAUACUUUCUAUUUUCUUUAAUUACUUGCAAAACUUUUGCACUUCCUUCUUAGAAGUUAGUAUUCACAUCAUCCCCUUGUUCAUCCUAUAGUCUUCCCAGGGAAGGUGGUGUCUGCUCUGUUUUUCUCUUCUGUAAUGUGAAAUAGAAAUGAAGAAGGAAGCAGCACUGGGAAGACUCUAAUGCAUCUGGAUGCUGCAGCAAUCUUUCAAAUCUGUCAAAUUAGCUGUGUACUUUGCUAAUUAGCUACUGGUUCUUGUGAAAAGACAUCAUCGGAUUCACAUCUCUAAAUUCAAAGGAAAAUGAGUCUCUGUUCUACUUGUACCUCCUGCUCUGGCAGUGAUGGG